AUGUUUUAUAGAGACAACGUCCUAUUCCAGACGGAAUGGCACGAUGAACUUUUUCAUUCACACUUGAAUGUAUUCGCAUUAUACUUUGAAAGCAAUGCGAUUCAAUCCACCGAAGCGGAUAAUCAUGACGAUCAUUACGCUAUGGAUCGGACAAAUGAUUUAGGGUUCAUAAUUGUUGUAACUCAUAAUGCUUAUGCAAGAAGCGGUGAAGUUGAAUGUUCUGUUAUGCUGUGUAACGCCCAAAUCGGUCUGCUGAUGUACUUCAGGUAUUUCAGUCUCUAUGCUAGAUUUUUCAAAUAGAAAUAAUUGCUCAAGAAACAUAAAAAGGAAGUCAAGAAGAAAAAUGAGAUUGACGAUAGGCUCAAAGUUGACUGAGGCACAUACAAAUAUUAUGAAACUUUUUUGA